AUGGAGGAGAUGGCUGACAACAGUUCAAGCACUAAGGGCAUGAUUUAUCUCUGUCAAAAGGUGCGACGGUACGACCCAACUGCACCGACGAACUCUGCCACUUCCAGUCAGAUUUGGCACAAACGCUGGACGAGUGACGCUAACACUCCACCAGUACUCAAGAUGAUCAGGUCGCGUGCUCGAACAGGUCAAGGUGUGCAUUCAGCCGACGGAGACGACGAUGGUCCUAGUGAUAGCUCGAGCGCCCGGUCGGCAGGUGAAGGAAGCUCGCACGGUAUGCAAUUUAGGGAGACUGGGUUGAUAUAA